CCACCUCGCCGAGUCUGAAAAGGCGGCCUCGGGGAGGCGUGGGGCGCCCCCCUACCCCCGCACCGCCCCAGACACACUCCCAGCUCGAAGACGGCUGCGCUCGCUUCCCGGCCGGAGCCGCGGGUUCGGUCCGGCCGCGGGCGCGCUGCUCAUUGUCCUCGCGCCGGGCACUGCGGGGACUUCGCGUCCCCGCGGGCGGCCGCGCAGGAUGAAGCUGGCCCUGUUUCUGCCGUGGGCGUGCUGCUGCCUGUGUGGGUCGGCGCUGGCCACCGGCUUCCUCUACCCCUACCCGGCCGCAGCCCUGCCGCAGCCGCACGCUUACCCGGAGCCUGCCGCCGGCUCCCCGGGCAGCGGCUACGCGAGCCGCCGGCACUGGUGCCAUCAUACGGUGACGCGGACCGUGUCCUGCCAGGUGCAGAACGGCUCGGAGACGGUGGUGCAACGCGUGUACCAGAGCUGCCGCUGGCCAGGGCCCUGUGCCAACCUUGUGAGUUACAGGACCCUCAUCAGGCCUACAUACCGAGUGUCCUACCGCACAGUGACAGCGCUGGAGUGGAAGUGCUGCCCUGGGUUUACUGGGAGCACCUGCGAAGAGGAAUGCAUGAACUGUACCCGGCUCAGUGACAUGAGCGAGCGGCUGACCACGCUGGAGUCCAAGGUCCUCCUCCUGGAAGCUGCCGAGCACCCCGAGGACAGGGAUAACGACCUGCCGGCCGCCCGCGGCACGGCGCCGCCCUGGGACCAGGACUUCCUGCCUGGCGCCAUCCCCCUCGCCUACCCCGGAUCCCCCAGGAGGCGGCCUGCGGGCCCAGCUGGUCCCCCAGGACAGACGGGACCCCCAGGCCCUGCAGGUCCCCCGGGCUCCAAAGGCGACCGAGGCCAGACAGGAGAGAAGGGCCCAGCAGGGCCUCCCGGGCUCCUGGGGCCACCCGGGCCUCGGGGACUUCCUGGAGAGACAGGGCGCCCCGGCCCCCCAGGACCUCCUGGCCCAGCCGGCCCACAAGGCGUCCUCUACUCCCUAAGGUCCUCUGCUGACAGAGCCGAUGGAGACUCCCAGCUGGUCCCUGCUGUCGUGGACACCGUGCUGGCAGGAGUCCCUGGCCCCCGGGGUCCCCCUGGCCCCCCAGGCCCCCCUGGACCACACGGGCCCCCGGGACCACCAGGAGCCCCCGGAUCCCCGGGCCUUGCGGGCGAGAGGGCCACGGCGGGGCCAUCCGGUGAACCUGCUGCAAAGGGAGAGAGUGGGGAGAAAAUGACCACAGAGGGCGAGGGGGUGCAGCAGCUGCGGGAGGCCCUGAAGAUCCUGGCCGAGAGGGUCCUUAUCUUGGAGCACAUGAUUGGGGUCCACGAUCCCCUGGCCUCCCCGGAGGGUGGCUCCGGCCAGGACGCUGCACUGAGAGCCAGCCUCAAGAUGAAACGGGGUGGCCCCCAGUCGGAUGGCGCCCUCGCCGCCCUGCUCGGCUCAGACCCUGGGCAGAAGCGAACCGCCGACCAGGCCAGUGGCAGGAAGUGAGAGCGCCUCACUCCAGGCCGAGCCCCAAGCCUGGCAGAAACCCCCACGGGGCUGGAGCUCCGAUGGACAUUAGGGAGGGAUGUUGACACCCGAGGCCUGGGUCCUUGGGCACAUGCCAUGCCUCCAUGGGUGGAGUCGGGAGGGGCAGCACCCAGGCGGAGCCCCUUCUGUGCAACCUGUCUGGGGGCCAGGGAACCCACUGGGGGGACAAGCCCUCGUGCUCCUUGUUUACUGAGUCCCAGCUGCCCUUGUCAGUCCAGGCGCUGGCCAAGUCAUCUGACUUAACCCUUCAUGGUCCUUGUUUCCAUGGGGAUGGCUUGCCCAGGGGUGCUGGGGGCAGGUCUUGAACUCGGGCCUCCUGAGGCCACAAGCUGUGGCCCUUACCAGCUUCCCCUUGGCAAAGUUGGGCAGGACCCUGCUCUGUAGGGUCCUUUCCCCAGCCUUGGGUCUGUUCCAUGGUUCUGGGGUUGUGGGUGGGGAAGCUGGCUUGCACCAGAGAAAAACUCCUGACUAUUAC